GGCUUCUCGUGACGUCACGAAAGGACAAAUCGGUUUACCGGGAGGUUAUUCGGCCUCUCCGAACAGCCGAGCAGCUCAGCGGAGGCGCCAUCUUAAGUCACGGAGACACUCGUUGCAGAGUAGCUCCGCUAGCACGAAGGACGCCAUGUACCCGACCGCCCUGACGCAGAUGGCCCGGGGCAACCCGUUCAGCGCGCCGCUGUUCUCCCUCCAGAAGGCGGAGGAGCCUCAGCCGAUCCAACAGGCGCAGCGGACCCGCAGACUGGCAGCAGCCGCUACCGCGCAAGAGGACGCCGGCUGCGAGUUUGGCUCCUCAAAGUACUAUGCCCUGUGUGGCUUUGGGGGUAUCCUGAGCUGCGGCGUCACACACACGGCAAUGGUGCCCCUCGACCUUGUCAAGUGUCGCCUGCAGGUGGACCCAGAUAAGUACAAGAGCAUCUUCAACGGCUUUGCGUUGACGGUGAAGGAAGAUGGUGUCAGAGGCCUGGCAAAGGGCUGGGCUCCCACCUUCAUCGGCUACUCCAUGCAGGGACUGUGCAAGUUUGGCUUAUAUGAAGUGUUCAAGGUCUUCUACGGCGACUUACUGGGGGAGGAGAACUCCUACCUGUGGAGGACUUCGCUGUACCUGGCUGCAUCUGCCAGCGCAGAGUUCUUUGCAGACAUUGCUCUGUCUCCCAUGGAGGCUGUCAAAGUCCGUAUCCAGACCAGGCCGGGCUACGCCAACACCCUCCGAGAGUGUGUCCCCAAGAUGUAUGCAGAGGAGGGUCUCUGGGUGUUCUACAAGGGCUUGGUUCCUCUGUGGAUGAGGCAGAUCCCCUACACCAUGAUGAAGUUCUCCUGCUUUGAGCGCACGGUGGAGUUGCUAUACAAGCACGCCGUUCCCAAGCCCCGUGCCGAGUGCAGCAAAUCCGAGCAGCUGGUGGUCACCUUUGUGGCCGGCUACAUCGCCGGUGUGUUCUGUGCCAUCGUGUCCCAUCCGGCUGACUCCGUGGUGUCUGUGCUGAACAAGGAGUCCGGCAGCACCGCUAUGGGGGUGCUCAAGAAGCUGGGGCCAAAAGGUGUGUGGAAGGGUCUGGUUGCCCGUAUCAUCAUGAUCGGUACUCUGACCGCCCUGCAGUGGUUCAUCUACGACUCUGUCAAGGUCUACUUCCGCAUGCCCCGCCCCCCUCCCCCCGAGAUGCCCGAGUCCCUGAAGAAGAAGCUCGGUCUCACAGAGUAACUCCAUCCCGCCACUGAGCGGCAGUCUCCAGCUGACACAUCUGCCCCCCCCCCAACGUCCAGCCCGCACACAGCAGUUUUCUAUAUUUAUGUCCUCAGCCCUGCUGCUCCGCCCAGAGCUCCGGGCUGCUGCUACUACUGUAUAUUUCAAGAGAACGAAACACCGGUCUAGUUUUAUUAUUUCCUGUCUAUAGAAACAUGUUGAAAAUCUAAUUAAAGAAUUUAAUUCCCUGGAAAACAA